CAGGUGACUGCGGGCGGGGCGGGCCCUGGGCCGGGAGGGGGGGGCCAGGCAGGAACCUUAAAGAGCUCCCAGGUCCCGCCCAGCGGCCAGCACUGUGGCUCCCACCAUGGCCGAGACUGCCAAGCUCCAGCUCUUCGUCAAGGCGAGCGAGGACUGUGAGAGCGUGGGCCACUGCCCCUCCUGCCAGAGGCUCUUCAUGAUCCUGCUCCUCAAGGGUGUGCCCUUCACGCUCACCACGGUGGACACCCGCAGGUCCCUGGACGUGCUGAAGGACUUCGCGCCCGGCUCCCAGCUGCCCAUCCUGCUCUACGACGGUGAGGCCAAGACGGACACGCUGCAGAUCGAGGAGUUUCUGGAGGAGACACUGGGGCCCCCCGAGUUCCCCAGCCUGGCGCCCCGCUACCGGGCGUCGGCCACGGCGGGCAACGACGUCUUUCACAAAUUCUCUGCCUUCAUCAAGAAUCCGGUGCCCGAGCAGGACGAUGCCUUGUACCAGCAGCUGCUGCGCGCCCUCGCCAGACUGGACGGCUACCUGCGCGCGCCCCUGGAUGACGAGCUGGCCCGGGAGCCGCAACUGCAGGAGUCUCGGCGCCGCUUCCUGGAUGGGGACCAGCUCACGCUGGCCGACUGCGGCCUGCUGCCCAAGCUGCACAUCGUGGACACGGUGUGCGCGCACUUCCGCGGGGCCCCCAUCCCCGCCCAGCUGCGUGGCGUCCGCCGCUACCUGGACAGUGCGCUGCAGGAGAAGGAGUUCAAGUACACGUGUCCGCACAGCUCCGAGAUCCUGGCGGCCUACCGGCCCGUCGUGCACCCCCGCUAGUGCCCCUGCCUCUGCCCCUGCCGCCACCUCCGCCCGCUCCUCCACAGCCCCACAAAGCCACCUCUGCCCCAGUGAGCACACCUGCACACCCCAGGGACCAGAAGGCUGAGGUUUUGCCUCCCCUACGCCCCCACUGCGGGCUGCUCAGAUGACAGCCCAGAGUGACAGGGGCUGAGACUGAUGUGGGGGGAACAGCCCAUCCCCCAUCCAUCGGGGAUGACGGGACUGGAUUGGGCUCCCAAACCAGUCAGGCCAGGGCGGAGCGGCAGGAUGGCCGAGGAGGGUGGGGAGCAGAGCCCAGCCGGAGCACCUAAGGGCUCCCAGCCAGUGGGUGGGGUGGCCCACAUUCCUCAGCCCCACCCCAGGCAGCAGGCCACCCCCUAUCUCUCGCAGGUCCUGUGUGCAUGGUAUGGGGUCCUCGAGGCCAUGCCCUGCUGGGUGGGGGAAGAGGGGUGUGCCCCAGGGGGUGACGGAGUUCCAGUCCUGGGGAGCCCCGGCCCAACCCUGCAUGGCCCUCAGCUCCUGGGCUGGCCGGGCUGUGGCGGCUGGGCCGGUUGGAGAGGUUGGCAGCUCCGCCACCAGGGACGGAGAGCCCGACACAUCUGUUUACCGCCUGCGCCCACACCCAGGUGGCAGCCAGGAGUGGGGGCAUGCCGGUCCCUCUCCCCAACCUCCAAGAGACAGAGCCUCGCGUGACCAGCGUUUAUUGGGUGGGGGAGGGGCUUGCUCUGUGGGGGAGGUGGCGAGGCCUGGGAGGGUGCCCCUCUUCUCACCGGCCAACUCCUGGCGGGACCCCACUCUCCGCGGCAGGGUCAGAGGUCAUCAAAAUCGACACCACUGGCUGGUUUCUUACUGGGAGAGAGGAGGGGGUGACGUUACGGGGUGCAGAGUAAGGGCUGGGCCUUGGGCACGAGAGGGAGGGGCAGCGGGCGUCACCUUUUGAAGCCGGGGUUGAUGAGCGAUUCCCCGGGGCACCGCCUCCUGACCCCAGGUCCCGGGCAGCCUCUCUGAGACUCUGGGUCUGGGGGAAGCAGAUGGAGGGGCCUGAAUGCAGGGGGACCCCAGGGCCACCACCCCCCCUCCACGCAGACAGGGAAACCGAGUCACAGAGGAAUGGGCACGCCCCGCCCCAGGCCCGGGUGAGAGGCCUCACCUGGGAGGAACUGCUGAGGGCCCCCCGGCCGCGGGCUCUUCCUGGGGCUGACGGCUGUCUCCUCUGCAGCUGCGAGGGCAGGGAGGCCAGGAAUGGAGGCACCGGCAGGGGGAGCCCAGGGAGGCUGUGGGGUGCCCGCCCCGCCCCCCUCCUACCUGCCAGCUGCCGCUCCAGGCUGCACACUCGCUCCGCCAGGCCCAGCGUCAAUGCCUGCAGUCGGGGGGCUGCUUCUGGGCCCGGCACUUUGGAGAGUUCAAAGUCCAGCUCCGGGGCCCCCCCAGAGAGGGUCAGGGACGCCCCAUCCUCCUGAAGAGUGACAGCCACGGCUUGCCGCUGGAAGGCUGCCCUGGGGAGGGAGGGGCUGAGUGCUGCGGCCAGACCCAGCGGCCGCCGGCCUGGCCUGCCCUCCCCUCCCGCCUGGCCUGCCCUCCCUCCAGCCUGGCCUGCCCUCCCUCCGGCCUGGCCUGCCCUCCCGCCGGCCUGGGCUCACCUGAACCGGGGAGCGAUGUCCUCCGCCGCACUCAGGCCAAAACGGGCUUUCUGCGGGGGGUGGGGGGUGUCACCAUCUGCACGAGGCCCAGUCCCCCCAAACCUGCCCGACCUCGGGCCCCCAGGACCCCAAGCUAAUCUUAGGGCGAAGCCUCAGAGCCCGGGCGAGGCGUCCAGACCCCCGGGGGACCCAGACCGCCCCUCCACCCGCGGGAGGUCCGGGAGGUCGGGCGGCCAGCCCGCCCAGGACCCGUUACCCACGAGGGCCGCCAGGCUGCCGGGCGGGAAGCCGGUGCUCCAGAGCUGCGCGGCGUCCGUCACGCUGCGGGGAGGGACUGUCAGCGGCCCCGCCCGCCGCCCGCCGCGCCCCAUCGCCCCGCGGGCCCCGCCACUCACUAGAGGCUGAAGCCGCCGGGGCCCUCGGCCCCGCCAUCCUCCUCCUCGCAGUAGCACACGAAGCGCGGGGGCCCCGGGCCCGGCGGUAACGUGCAGAGCGGCACCGGCAGCGGCGGCCGCGCAGACAUGCUCCCUUCCCGGCACAGGGGCCCGGCUGCGCCUGCGCGGGCGAGAGGCCGGGUGGGGGCGGGGCCUACACUCGUGGGCGGGGCCUGGGCGGGGCCCGUCAGACCUCAGACCGCGUGGGGCAGGUGGAGCUUAGGGCGCGGAGGGGCAUUCUCUGGGCGGGGCUGAGUCAUGAGGCGGCGACCAGGGGGCGGAGCUAUCUCGGGGGUGGGGCUAUGGGCGUGGAGGGGCGGGGUUUACUCACGGGGCGGGGACUAGGGGCGGGGUUAUAUUAGGGGCGAGACUACGCCGCUGGGGGCGUGGCUUAGUGCGCGGGGCGUGGCUCCCGUGGGCUGUCGGAGCUGGGGCUGUGCAGCGCGGUGGCCCUCACUCCCCCGCGCGCCCGCCUUCCCCCCGUGAGCCCGGGGUUCCCGCCUUCGCGUGCAGAUCCCCGCCCCGGCCCGGCCUGUGCCUCUUCGCCCCUUGCUGGUCCCGGCGGCCUCUCCGUGGCCUCCACGCCCAGUCUCUCGCCUCCGGGAGGUAUUUCUCACGUUGUCCUUAGAUACAAACCACAAAGCUUCCAAAGCUGCACAACCCACAAUGCAGAUGUGAAUAAAGUACGUUAACCAGC